AUGAGAAUAAAACACAAGCACAAGCUGUUUUUAUGGAAGAGCCUGCAUCAAGUUUUACCGGGAAGAGAAGCUAUAGUUAGGAGAACAGGAAAGGGAGACAUAAUCUGUAAGCAAUGUGGAGAAACCAAUGAGACAGUUGAGCACAUUUUCUUCCAAUGCAGCAAAGCAAAGAUGAAAUGGAAUAUGGCUCCAUUACAGUGGGAUGGACUUAAUGAAUACACGAGCGACUUCAGAAAGUGGUGGAGUAUGCUAAUGGAAGUAAAGGCUAGAAAGGAUGGAAUGGAACACAUAGCAUUAGCAGUGGACAUCUUUUGGCACAUCUGGAAAGCCAAGAAUGAAGCAAAAUUUGAAGGAAAAGAUAGACAUCCAAUGGAAGUAGUUAGAAAGGCAGUAGACGACUGGGAGGAGUAUCAUAAAUGCCAACAGGCAGAGCAACGUAUGAGCAUCUCAGAAACAGAAACAGCAAACGAACAAGAGGACAGGAGGGAACCAGAGGGAAACAUGCUAAUCAUUCGUGUAAAUGUGGGGCAACACAUUGAAGGACAGAAUAUGGGAAUUGGCAUUACAACAACAAAUGCACUGAACCAGAUUGGUGUAGCGUGGAUGCUGAAGGAAAGAAGCACCGGAUCAGCUGUCUUGGACAAUUUGGUGGCUAUACAAUUGGCACUUUGUAAGCUAAAGGAACGAGGCUGGCAGAACAUCCAGAUUCAGACAUCAUGUAAGCAGAUUUUAAAUAUGAUAAUCUGCCAAGUCCCAAGCAACAUGCGUAUAGCAGCCCACCUAGAGUACGUAAAUGAUCUAAGCUCAAUGUUUAGGACAUGCUCAUUUGAUAGCCAGCCUGGUAAUGGUAGUACUAAUACACUCAGAUAUAAACUGAGUAAGCAAGCAAUGCACAUCUAUUUUGAUGAGGAGUUCUUUGAUCCUCAGUGUCUUAGUACAUUUUUGUAA